UGUAGCUCGUCUCGUGCAUUACCAGUAUAGGCGUAACCCCAACAAUAAAACAACAACCUGUCUGCUUUCUUUAAAGAUUUCUUGUCUUUACGAUACUUUGUCUCGUGUUUGACUUUGUUUUGCAGCAGCACUUCGUACAAGUGAUUUACACAAUGGACAAAGACACCGUGCUGACUCACAUCCUGAAGUCAGAUGUCAUGUCUACACUUCUGGGUGGAGAGCAGCCUAUCAGUGUGAUAAACAACAAUAAGUACAUAUCCCUGCUGACUUCUGAAGCUCAGGAGACAGACAGAAAUGUGGAAGACAACUUGCCCUCCCUUGAUUGUGCCAUCCACACCGCUCUGUCUGAUGAAACGAGAACUGUGAUACUGACUGGUCCAGAAGGAUCAGGUAAAACUACUACUUUGGAGAAGCUAGUUGUGGGCUGGGCGAAAGGAGAGCACCUUCAAAACUUUUCUUAUGUUUUCCAUUUCCGGUACAGGGCGUUAAAUCGCCUUACAGGGACGCUCUCCUUGGAAACAUUAAUGCUGCACCAUCACGGUCAUAUCCCUCCUGAGUCUGUGCCUCUACUUCUGCAGAAGCCUGCAAAUGUGUUGUUUGUGUUUGAUGAUCUGGAUCAGUGCAAACAAAGCCUGGACCCCUCCGUCCACACCCUCUGCUCUGACCCCAGCCAGGCAGCUUCGGUGUCCUGUUUAGUGGCCAGCUUGCUUCAUGGAUCGCUGCUGAAAGGAGCUGCCUUUGUGGUGGCAGCCAGGCCGACAGGAUCUCUAACGUGUCUGAGUGGCACCAAGGUGGAGGUGUUGGGGUUUCUGAAGCCACAAAGAGAGGCCUACUUCAACGGGUUCUUCACUGAUCCAGCUGCUGCCAACAAAGCACGAAUACACAUGGAAAGGACUUUAGGCUUUUAUGAUAUCUGCACCUCCCCGAGAUUUUGUUGGACAGUUAGUUCUGUUUACAAGUCUCUGAUGGAUGCUGGCGCUAAACUUCCUGAAACGUUAUCUCAGCUGUAUGUAGACAUCCUGGUCCACCUGGUUCAGACGCUCUCGCUGAACAAGGCCUGCAACAGAGAUCUGAUGUUGGCCCUUGGCAAGAUGGCAUCUCAUUGCGUCCUUGAUCAGCAUUUGAGUUGCACCAAAGAGGAAAUGGAUUCCUUUGGUUUUCAACAGUUUCUUACAUCAGUUGGUGUUUUCUUGGAAGUAGAUGUUGACCAAUCAGAUGGACGUGUCUUCUCCUUCUACUCCAAUCUGAUGCAGGAGUUCCUCUUGGCUGUGUCUUUCUUUUUGGACAAGUCAAUGUCUGAGGGUGUGGAGAAGAUGCUGGUAAAGCACAAUAGCCGUGCAAAGUUUCUAGAUCUCUUCUUGUCAGGGCUCUCAGAGCCACUUCAACGCAGACCGCUGGAGAUCCUGCUGGGGGAGCUGAACUCUGAUCGGAUCAUGGAUUUCAAUCGUUGGUUUAAAAGCAGCUCAGAGGCGACACUGAAGGGAUUUUACAAAGACAAGCACUACCACUGCUUCCAUCUACUUCAUCAAGCUCAAAAUGAGAGUUUGGUGAAAGAGAUCAUCACCCCCUCAGCACGAAUAGGCAUCAGUUAUGGAGACCUGAGCCUCCAGGACUGUGCAGCUCUGAAUUAUGUUGUCACGUGCCUCGGUGAGCUGGAGCAGUUGAAUCUGUACCGUACAAGGAAUCUGACGGAGGGACAAGCAGAGAUGCUGGCUCCAACUAUGAGCUUGUCACAUAAGAUAAGCUUGUCAGACAGCUCCUUGAGUACUGGGGCUGUCCCUCAUCUAGCUUCAGCUCUCAGCAGAGGACUCACCAAGGAGCUGAAUCUCUCUCAUACCCGCCUCGGAGAUGAAAAGUUCAAAAUUCUAUGCGCUGGACUUAGAGACUGCAAGCUGCACACAUUAAUACUUCUAGUAUGCAGACUGACUGAGGCCAUCUGUGAAGAUCUGGUGUCUGUCCUGACCUCAGGCACCUCUCAGCUGUGUGUGUUAGACAUGAGGUUUAACGAGAUCGGGGACCAGGGCUUUACCAAACUGUGCAAAGCGCUGCAGAGUCCACUGUGCAAAUUACAGGAGCUCCAGGUACAAAGCUGCAAGUUGACUGCUGCAUCCAUGGAGGCUUUAUCAGGAGCGUUGUGUUCUGGCCAAUCAGAGUUGAGAAAAGUGAACCUGACCCAAAACGCUAUUGGUGAGAGAGGAGUGGAGGCUUUGUGCAAGUCCCUGCAAAACCCACUUUGCAAACUGAAGAGCCUCAAUUUCUUUGAUAGUGAGUUGACAGGUGCAUGCUGUCCUCAUUUCAUGGAGGCCUUGAUGUUGGAGCACUGCUCUUUGUCAGAACUGGACCUGUCAGUGAAUGAUUUGGGCCAGGAAGGGGCGCUGCUGCUUUGCCAAGCCCUCCGUCGACCUGGAUGUCCAAUAGAAAAGCUCAGCUUGAAACGAUGCGAGUUAACCCAGUCUGUCUUCAAGGCGCUGAGUACAGUGCUUACAAGUGGGACUUCUCAGCUAAAGUCCCUGGAUGUAGGUAUAAAUGCUGUAGGAGACCAAGGGGUUAAACAUCUUUGGGAUGCUGUUGCACAACCAAUCUGUCUGUUGGAGGAACUGGAUGUUGAGAUGACCGGUUUGACAGACGCCUGCGUUGAGGACUUGUGUGCUGCUAUAAGAGCCAGUAAGACUUUGAAGAGCCUGGAACUGAGAAACAACUCGCUGACUAACACCUCCGUCCCAGCCCUCGUCCAAGUCAUGCAAGACAGCCACAACAUGCUGGAGAUGAACCUGAAGUACAACGACUUCGGUGAGGAAGCUUUUAACAUGUUGGACGAGUGUGAAAAAAUAAUAUACUGAAGACGGAUAAGUACGCAAAGACUGCUAGAGGAUCAUAUACAGUGGGUAUUAUUUGAACCAAACGAUAAGUGGAUGAAUUAAUUUGUCAAUAAAUAGAAAAAUAACUGGACUGUUGGCCUGGCAGAACAUGAAACAUGAUCAAUUCAAGGGAAAGGACUUUGACACUUUUUGACAUUAUAAUUUAAUGAAAAUAAUUGGCAGUUGCAGCCUUACUCAUUAUACAGUCAAGUUCACCAUAU